UUCGCAACGUGUCUACGUUUGACAGGAUCAAGUUUAUCACGCUUCAGUAGAUCGAUGGUCGAUAAUAAUGUACCAGGUAGUAGUAGCAACCAUGGUUAUGAAGUUCAUCAACACAAGUACAAAGAUUCAACAAAUAUAGGUUUUGCUCCUGGAGCAGGGAGCGGUAAUUCACUUGGAGAUGAAAACUACAUCAAAGAACAAGAUAGAUUGUUACCGAUCGCUAACGUUGGAAGAAUUAUGAAGCAUAUUCUUCCUCCUAAUGCUAAGAUCUCUAAAGAAGCUAAAGAAACCAUGCAAGAAUGUGUUUCUGAAUUCAUUAGUUUUGUUACCGGUGAAGCUUCUGAUAAAUGUCAUAAAGAGAAAAGAAAGACGGUUAACGGAGAUGAUGUUUGUUUUGCUCUAUCUACUUUAGGUUUUGAUAACUUCGUUGAGCCAUUGAAGUUGUAUUUGAACAAGUAUAGAGAAUUAGAUGGUGAUAAAGCUAACAGUCAGGUUAACAAAAGCGCCGCAGAUGAUAGAGAUUACGACACCACAAUGUUUAGAAGUGAUCAACCGACGAAUAACCAAUCAAGCGCUUCUCCAUCUUUGAGGUUUAAUAUAACUGAGAGAAAUAAUCACUCUAACUCGAGGCCCUUUUAGUUUAACAUAGAUCUUUUCGGGCAAGUUCAGGAAUCUAGCUAGUUUGAGUUUGAUUUACUUGUUAAUGUUUCGUUUUUGGAUUGUUGGUGUUUGUAUUAUUAAGGGAUUACUAAUCUUUGUAUUUUCUUCAACAAAUUUUUAUGUUACUUUUGAUAAGUUCAUGUUGUUAAAACAGUUAUAUUACUUUACUUGGUUUGCAGCUUUGAAAUAUUUAGUAGGAAACAUGAGGGUUUUCAUUGAUUUGCA